CUAAAAUCGAAAAAACAUCGUUGUAUUGAGUUCUUGGUGCGUGCGAACGUAAUCGAGAGCUUUUCCUCUCUCCAGAUAUUCUCUAUCUGGUUGCCUACAAGAUUCAGAACAUGGAUCGCAGAGAUUUAUUGUUGAAUUGGGGCUCUUUACUUUGUCGGUUUCUGGGUACGUUUUCCUUGAUUUGGGGUUAUUGGAUUGCGCGCGUUUCAGAAUUCCCAGACCUUGUUUCUGUUUCGGUUAUUGCACCUUGUCCUCGAGGUUUAGCUUUUAAGGUAGCAGUAGCUUCGAGGAUUGUCAUUUUGGAUCUUGAGGUUUAGCUCUGAGCUUGAGGUUAGGAAUUGCGAGAGGUGAGGAAAUCUGAUAUUAAUUGAGCGUGUUUUGGUGGGAUCGAGAGGAAUCGGUGAAGGGUUAGGGUUUUUGGCCAAUGGCUUCGAAUCCUCCAUUUCACAUGGAGGAUCAGACGGAUGAGGAUUUCUUUGACAAACUGGUUGAGGAUGAUUUAGAGCCUGUUGUUAAGUCUAGCCAUGAGGAAGACGAAGGGAAUGAUUGGGAUAAGGCUAAAGUAUUUGCCAAUCUGGGAAUCAGUGAUGUUGAUGCUGCUGCAUUUGAGAAUUCUGAUGCCAGCGAGAGUGGGGUUGAAGUCAAAGGGGAAUUAGUUGCUGGGGAAUCCGAUGUGGGAGUUGAACAGGAGGAGAAUUCUUUGCCCUCCUCUAGCUCAGUUGGCUUUGAUAGUAAGGUGGAUCCCGGUGAUGAUGGGACUGUUGUGGGAUCGGAAUUCACGUCCACUUCAGCUGGAAUCACGAGCGAUAAAGUCGGUAGUUCUGGGGUUAAGAUGGUGGGUUGGAAUUCUUUUCAUGAUGAUUUGGAUAGGGGCAAUAGGUUUGGAUCAUAUUCUGACUUUUUCAGUGAGUUGGGAGAUCAGUCUGGGGAUUUUCCGGGGAACACGCAUGAUAAUUUAAGUAGUGAGGUGAAGCCUGGUAAUGAACUUCAAAAUGAUGACUUAAAUGCCUCUGGUAAUUAUGUGCAAUAUCAAGAGGGUCAAGGUUAUGAUGCAUCUUUAGAAAGCCACACAAACCGGCAAGGUGAUGGCUUAAAUACUUCAGUUAAUAAUGAACAAAAUGAAAAAGGUCAAGCUUAUGUUGCAUCUUCAGAAGAACACGCAAAUGGACAAGAUCUGAGUAGUAGUCAGUAUUGGGAGGAUCUUUAUCCUGGCUGGAAGUAUGAUUACAACACUGGGCAAUGGUAUCAAGAAGAUGGCUAUGGUGUAACAGCCACUACUCAGCAAAGCUCUGAAGCCAAUGCAGCGGGGCAUUGGACAGCCCAUUCUGAUGGGAAAACAGAGAUCUCUUACAUGCAGCAAACUGCACAAUCUUUUGCUGGAACAUUAGCUGAAACUGGCACAACUGAAAAUGUGUCUAGUUGGAGUCAGGUUUCACAAGGGAAUAAUGGGUAUCCGGAGCAUAUGGUUUUUGAUCCUCAGUAUCCUGGUUGGUAUUAUGACACAAUUGCCCAAGAAUGGCGUUCAGUGGAAACUUACAAUUCAACCAACCAGUCUUCUGUUCAUGUACUUGAAAAUGGGCAUGCUUCUACCAGUACUUUCUCAUCCAAUGAUAAUAGUUUGUAUAAUGAGUAUAGCCAAGCUGAUAAUUAUGGACCACCGGGUGUUGAUAAUCAGGCUGUAGAUGGCAGCUGGGGUGGUUUGUAUGACGCUAACCAUCGGCAGGGUUUUGAUAUCUACACAACUGGUACUGCUACUAAAAGACGGGAUAAUAUAACUUCUGCUGGUAACCAACAAGUUAAUCAUUCUUAUGGUUCAAGUAUUUCUGUGAACAAAGAUCUACAAAAUUCUUCUACUUCCUUUGGAUCAGUUGUUUGCAAUAAAGUAAACCAUGAUCAUGGUUUGGCUAAUGGAACUUUUGAACCACAAAGCUUUGGCCCUAGUGGCGACAUUGUUCAACAGAUUAAUUAUUCAAACACAAAGUUCAGAGAACAAAAUUAUUUUUCGAAUGAUUUUACUGCAAAUCAGUAUUCACACGCCCCUCAUGUUGGGAGAUCAUCAGCUGGACGUCCUUCUCAUGCUCUGGUAACUUUUGGAUUUGGGGGGAAACUCAUCAUAAUGAAAGAUCCUAGUCUUUUGAGCUCAUCAUAUGGAAACCAGGAUUCUGUACAAGGUUCUGUUUCUGUGUUGAACUUGAUAGAAGUUGCCACUGGAAGUAAGGAUUCUAUGAGCAUUGGAAAUGGUGCCAGUGAUUAUUUCCAUGCUCUGAGCCAGCAAUCUUUCCCAGGUCCAUUGGUUGGUGGGAGUGUUGGAAUUAAGGAACUGUACAAAUGGUUAGAUGAGAGUAUUGUACACUGUGUAUCACCUGACAUGGAUUAUAAACAAGGUGUAAGGUUGAGACUCCUUCUUUCCUUGCUUAAAAUAGCUUGUCAACAUUAUGGAAAGUUACGUUCUCCUUUUGGUACGGACACCAUACUAAAAGAAAAUGAUACUCCUGAGUCAGCAGUUGCAAAACUUUUUGCAUCUGCCAAAAUGAGUAGCACAGAGUUCCCUCAAUAUGGGAUGCCAAGUCAUUGCUUGCAAAAUUUGCCUUCUGAAGGACAAAUGAAGGCAAUGGCCCUUGAGGUUCAAAAUCUUCUUGUUUCUGGGAAAAAGAAGGAGGCUUUACAAUGUGCACAAGAAGGACAGUUGUGGGGACCUGCAAUUGUUCUUGCUUCACAACUUGGCGAUCAGUUUUAUGUUGAUACAGUGAAGCAAAUGGCACUUCGCCAGCUUGUUGCUGGGUCACCUUUGCGCACAUUGUGUCUUUUAAUUGCUGGGAAACCAGCUGAAGUAUUUUCUAUUGAUACCUCAUUUAGUGGGAAUCCUGGUGCUUCUAAUAUGGCUCAACAGUCUUCACAGGUUGGAUCUAAUGGUAUGCUUGAUGAUUGGGAGGAGAAUCUGGCUGUAAUAACUGCAAAUAGAACCAAAGGAGAUGAACUUGUAAUUAUGCACCUAGGUGAUUGCUUGUGGAAGGAAAGAAGUCAGAUUACUGCUGCACAUAUCUGCUAUUUAGUUGCUGAAGCAAACUUUGAGUUAUACUCAAAUAGUGCAAGACUCUGUCUUCUAGGAGCAGAUCACUGGAAAUGUCCUCGAACUUAUGCUAGUCCGGAGGCUAUCCAGAGGACUGAGUUAUAUGAAUAUUCAAAGGUGGUUGGAAACUCUCAGUUUACAUUGCAUCCAUUUCAGCCUUAUAAGCUUAUAUAUGCAUAUAUGCUAGCUGAAGUGGGGAAGGUUUCAGAUUCAUUGAAGUACUGCCAAGCACUAUUGAAAUCCUUGAAAACUGGUCGUGCUCCAGAAGUAGAAACAUGGAAACAAUUAGCAUUAUCUCUUGAGGAGAGGAUUAGAACUCACCAACAGGGUGGAUAUGCUGCAAAUUUGGCUCCUGCAAAGUUAGUUGGCAAAUUGCUCAACUUUUUUGAUAGCACUGCACAUCGAGUUGUUGGUGGUUUACCACCGCCUGCUCCAUCAUCAUCGCAAGGAACUGUUCAUGGUAGUGAACAACAUUACCAACACAUGGCACCCAGAGUAUCAUCUAGCCAAUCAACAAUGGCCAAGUCAUCAUUAGUUCCAUCUGCUUCGAUGGAACCCAUAAGUGAGUGGACAACUGACAAUAAUAGAAUGCCUAAGCCUAAUAGAAGUGUUUCUGAGCCAGAUAUUGGCAGAACCCCAAGACAGGAAACAACGUCACCUGAUUCACAAGGAAAAGCACAGGCAUCUGGGGCUACAUCUCGCUUUUCCCGCUUUGGGUUUGGCUCGCAACUUUUGCAAAAGACAGUAGGGCUUGUCUUGAAACCUCGCUCUGGUCGACAGGCCAAAUUGGGUGAGAAAAACAAGUUCUAUUAUGAUGAGAAGCUGAAGACAUGGGUGGAAGAAGGUGCUGAACUUCCAGUUGAAGAAGCUGCAUUGCCACCACCUCCAACAACUGCUGCUUUCAAGAAUGGUUCAACUGAAUACAACUUGAGAUCUGCAUUGAAGACUGAAAGUUCACCUCCUAUUGAGGGUUCUAACAUAAGAACUUCUAGCCCUGAACUUAGUCCAGGGAUGGCACCGAAGCCACCCACUGCAAAUCAAUUUUCUGCCUGGGGUCAUUUGGGUGUUCGGUCAAGGUAUGUUGACACCUUCAACCAAGGUGGUGGAACCUCUGCAAACUUGUUUCAAUCCCCCUCUGUUGCAUCUGUGAAACCGGCUCUUGCUGCCAAUGCGAAGUUUUUCAUUCCUACUCCUGCACCAUCAUCUAAUGAGCAGACAAUGGAGGCUAUAGCAGAAAGCCACCAAGAAGUUAGUGCAACAAAUGAAGAUCCUUCAACAUCUGCCACAAAUGAGUGGUCAUACCAAUCUCCCAAACAUGUAUCCCCAACGCCUAUUCAAAGGUUCCCAAGUAUGGAUAACAUUUCAAAACAGUUAGCAACAGAAGGAAGUAACGCUGAUUGUGCUCAUUCACGCCGAGCUUCAGGAGUGGGAUGGAGUGGGAGUUUAAAUGAUUCAUUCACCCCUCCAAAAAUGGGUGAUAUUAAUGGUGUGUUUAGUAAUUGUGAAGUGGAAGAGAAGUGAAUGGAAGUGUGGAAAAGUAGAAAAAUUGAAUGUGUUUGGUAUGAGAGAAAUGAAGGGAAGUGGGGAUAUUUUUUAUUGAGCCCACGGUAAAAAAAAAGCUUUGGCGUAGAAAAUGAGGAGAAACGAGCAAAGUCUAGCAGCAGGGUCUUGGUUCAGUCAUAUGCUUAUGUUUAUAAAUAUAUAUACAUACAUAUAUAUAUAUAUAUAUAAACUUAAUUGAUUUUUUUAUAAAUAUAUAUUUAUUUAAUGAUAA